CGCUAAUAACGACAUAUCUCUUUCUCUCUCUCUAAAAGCUUUCCAAGCUCUGAACUUUCUCUCUCCUCGAUCUCCGGCCAUGGAGAUGCCGUCGAUCUCCUCCGCCCCUCGCACCGUCGAAGACAUAUUCAAGGACUACAGCGGCCGCCGCAACGGCAUCGUCCGAGCCCUAACUAACGAGGUGGAGGAAUUCUAUGCUCUCUGCGAUCCAGAUAAGGAGAAUCUUUGCUUGUACGGACACCCGAACAACACGUGGGAGGUGACGCUGCCGGCGGAGGAGCUGCCGGAGCCGGCGCUGGGGAUCAAUUUUGCGAGGGAUGGGAUGAACCGGAGGGAUUGGCUCUCGCUGGUCGCCGUCCACAGCGACUCGUGGCUCUUGUCCGUGGCGUUCUACUUGGGGGCCAGGUUCAAUGGCAAUGAGAGGAAACGUUUAUUCAGCAUGAUUAAUGAUUUGCCAACUGUUUAUGAAGUGGUAUCUGAUAGAAAGCAGGGAAGAGAAAAGUCGGGCAUGGAUAGCGGAAGUAAAUCAAAACCGUCCACAAAGAGGUCAAGUGACGGUCAAAUAAAGAACAACUCAAAACCGGUUGAUGAGGCUUAUCCUGAGGACGAAGAUGAACACAGCGAAACUCUCUGUGGGAGUUGUGGCGGCAACUAUAAUGCAAACGAGUUCUGGAUCGGGUGUGAUAUAUGCGAGAGGUGGUUUCAUGGGAAAUGUGUGAAGAUAACCCCGGCCAGAGCUGAGAGCAUUAAGCACUACAAAUGCCCUCUCUGUAGCUCAAAGAAAAGCAGGCAGUAAACCGUAUCUUAACUUAACAGGCUGUUUUAUUCUUGCGUUUUAUUUUUAUUUUUAACAGUUCCUUAGUGUUAGGUUGUCGAAGUUUUCCCUUCUCAUAGUUUUCCAUGUUGAUAUAUAAGAUGUUUUUUAGUGUAAGAACUCGAUGUUUAUUGUAUAUCUGCAACUUGCGCCCUUCAUGGUUUUCGCCUUCGAACCUUAUUUUGUCA